ACCGACAGCUCUGGAGCCUCUGAGUGAGGAGGGGAGAGGUCCUGCUGUGCAAUGGAGGAGGCAAACCCCACCCCCAUGGUGAUAACAGCCACCACCGACUUCUACACCUGGGACUACAGCAUCUCGUGGGACGACGGCACACUGCCUGAGCUGUGUGAGAAGCAAGCAGUGCAGGGCUUCGCCCGCACCUACCAGCCAGCCAUCUACCUGCUGCUCUCACUGCUGGGCACGGUGGGCAACGGGCUGGUGCUGCUCACGCACACCCGCUACCGCCAGGCACGCAGCAUCACCGACGUCUGCCUGCUGCACCUGGCCCUAUCUGACCUCCUGCUGCUGCUGACGCUGCCCUUUGCCGUCACUGCGAUGUUGCAGGGCUGGUCCCCGGACACAGCUGCCUGCAAGGUGCUGCAAGGCGUUUAUGCCCUCAACUUCUACAGCGGCUUCCUCUUCCUCACCUGCAUCAGCAUGGACCGCUAUGUGGCCAUUGUGCGGGUGCCAGCCGCGUGCCGCCUGCGCCCACGGGCUCGCCGUCACGGCUGGCUGACGGUGGGCCUGGCCUGGCUGCUGGCUGCGCUGCUGGCACUGCCACAGUUUGUCUACGGCAAAGCAGAACGGCACCAGGACCUCCACAUUUGCCGUGUUGUUUUCCCCCCGGCAGUGUCGCGGGCAGCGCGGGGAGCCACCAACCUCACGCAGGUCGUGCUGGGCUUUGCCGUGCCCUUUGUGGUGAUGGCAAGCUGCUACGCUGCCGUGGCUCGGACGCUGCUGGCAGCUCGUGGCGCUCAGCCCCACCGGGCACUGCGGGUGCUGCUGGCCCUCGUGCUGGUGUUUGUGGCCCUGCAGCUGCCCCACAGCUUGAUGGUGCUUCUGGACACAGCCGAGCUGCUGGCCAGCUGGGAGCUGAGCUGUGCCCAGAGCCGCCGCAAGGACCUGGCCCUGCUGGUCACCAGCGGGCUGGCAUCCCUGCGCUGCUGCCUCAACCCACUGCUCUAUGCCUUCCUGGGCCAGCGCUUCCGCCGUGAGCUGUGGCUGCUGGCCAGUGAUGCCGGCUGUGUGGGGAACAUCGACACGCGCUGCCCUGGCUGCCCCAGUCCUCGUCAGCGCUCAUCACUCUCCACCUGCCAGGACGUGGCAUAGGGAUGUAGUGCCAUGCCCAGGGCAGGCGCCGGCACCCACAGGGCUCAGAACCCCCCAGGGAAAGCCUGAACGGCACCAGGAGUCCCCGGAGCUACUGACAGGGGCAGGACAGACAGACAGUGUCCUGGGCAGAUGGAUACAUCUUGUGCACAGUGCCCAAUGCCAGCACCGGGGAAAUGUCCCCAGCUGCAGGGGGACCGUGCAGUGUCACACGUGGUUGGGGGGUGCGUGCCACGAGGGCACUGAGCAGUGCCGUGCAUGCCCCAGGAGGACCGUGCACUGCUGUGUAUGUGUGAGUGGGACUGUGCAACGCCACAGGGCAGCGCCUUCCCCCUUCAUUUCCACCCUUGCAAUAAACUCUGCUCGAACUACGC